CGCCGCUCCGCCCUGCCCCUCUCCGCCGGCAGGGGCGUGGCCGGGGUGUCAUGAAUAUGGAUGAGCAGCGCCGGUGGAGGCCCCGGUGAGUCACGGGAGAGGCAGCGGCAGCAGCGUGAGACCCGUGGGGACAGUAACCCCUCCUCCCCGCGGCUCUGCGCCCCCCACGUGUGUCCCCGGCCCGCCCCCGACAUGAAACUGAUGUGGGGAAGAGGCUGACCCAGCGCCGUGCCCCCCACAUCCCCGCGUCACCAUGGCCUCCCAGCCGCAACCCCUGCACCCCGCCGUGCCCUGCACCUCCCCUGCCGGCGGCACUGGGGGGGCCGGGCUGGCAGGCAGCCCCGACAAAGGCAGUGCGCGCCCCAAGCCGCCUGUGCGGCCCAAGCCCCGUGUGCUGCCCAAGCCGGCCGUGCCCGCCAAGCCCCCGGUGCCUCCCCCCGCGCCAGGCCCGCGGCACCCCCGGCCCGAACUGCCCUCGGCCGAGAAGAUGAACCGCCUGGCUGGGCCCCAGCCCUACAGCGGGGCAGGCUCGGGGGGGCCCCUCCGGCGCCCCUCCUUCACUGUCAGGUCACCCGAGACCCCCAAUGGGAAGGGGCUCUCGUCUCCCCUGGUCACAGGCACGGAGGAGGAGGUGCCCCCGGCCCCGCCAACCCCCUCCCGCAAGGGCCCGGCGCCCUUCAAGGUGACGCCAGUGCCGGUGGCUGCCAGGCCGGAGCGGUUCCCGGGCACCACCGUGGAGGAGAUCCUGGCCAAGAUGGACAGCAGGGAGGGCCCAGGCAGCCCAGACCGGGCCUGGCUCUCACCCUUCUGCACGGACCCCUCCUCCCGCUUCGGCUCCAAGACCUUUGCUGCCUUCCGGAAGCGUCCCAGCGGGGAGGCAGAUGGAGACCCUGCCAGCAAAAUCCCCCAGACCCCCCGACCUGCGGCAGGCGAGCUGGGAAUGGGGGAUGAUGGGCACCCUGUGGCUGAGAUGAGCAGUUCCCCCCCAACCGGGCCGAGCUGUGCCGAGGACCCCUGUGGACGCCGGAGGCCGCCCUCCCCUCCUGACCUUUCCACUCUACAGCUGGGUGCCCUCGGACCUCCAGGCUCCCCAAGGCCCCCCACCUGCCCAGCCCCAGGAGCUCCUUUCCAGCCUGCAGAGCCCUCUGCCCCAGCCCCUGGCUCCCCUGAUGCCCCCCCUGAGCUCCUGGCCCCUGAUUCCCCCACACUGCCCCCUGGCUCCCCUGAAUCCCCCACUCGGCCUCCAGUCGAGGUCCCUGUCACCUCCAUCCAGGCCCCAGGUGCUCCCUCAGCCACUGAACCCCAGCGCAGUAUCUCCCGUUCCCCUGGCUCACCACACACUCCAGGGGAGGGAUCUCCUGGCACUGCCAGCCCCCCUGGCACUCCUGAACUGCCCCCACGAGUCACCUGCCCCCCCGGCUCUCCUGAAGCUGCUGCCGAGUACCUGGGCCCUCCCAGCCCACCCCUUGCCAAAGCCUCUCGUCCCCCAGGCUCCCCAGAGGGACCUGAUGACUCCACAGUGUCCCCACAGUCCUAUGAGGGUCCUGAUUUCAACCCCUCUCUCCGGGAUGUGGGUCUCCGGCGCUCCUCAGAGGGGGUGCUGCGGCCCCCACCCACGGGACAGGGCCUGGGGGAGCUGGGGGGCUCGCUGAGUGCCCUGCCCCGGCCUGGAGACCUCUUGUCAGAGCCCUCCCUGGGCAGCGAGUCUGGCUGGAGCCUUUCCCAGUCCUUUGAGUGGACGUUCCCGUCACGGGGGGCACGCUUGCCAGCCUUCCCUCCCCGCUCCCCCAUCCGGGAGACACCUGACUCAGGGCUCUCCGAAGAGGGGGAGUCAGAUGGGGAGGCUGCAGCCCCUGGCCCUCCAAAGGACAACAGUUCUGAAGGACCUGACAGCCAGCAGGCAGAGGGGUCUCCAUGCCCAGGGGGUCCCGUGGCCCAGCGAGAUGCUGAGGGCUCAGCAGAGGAGGAAGAGGAGGAAAAGGAGGCAGAGCAGAAUGCUCCCGUGUCCCACUUCCCACUUCACAUGACAAAGCCUGGCCAGGACCCAGCUGAGCCCGAGUCCCCCACCCAGCCCAGCCUCACCACAUCUGCCCCCUUGGAUCCAGCCCCUCCAGAUCCAGCUGCUCCAGCUGACUCAGCCUGGGCAGGUGAUGGCCCCAAGAACUUGCAGGGUCCUGGGGGCCCAGGCCAGACUGAAGGACCCUUACAAGAGCCUGACCCCCAUGCUGACCCGGGCUGGCUGACAGAGCUGUUGGCAUCACCUGGGGUCCACAACUCUCCAGAGCAGAAUCUACUGGGCUGGUCACGGAAGGACCUGUGCAGUGAAUUUGGCAUUGGCCACCCUCGCCAAGACAGCACCUUUAACUGGAGCCACCCAGGUGUGUCCAGGGAGAGAGACUGGCCUGUUCAGACCAAGCAGGACCAGGAAUUCAAGACCAAAUCCAGCUGGGACAACACCCACGGUGACAAGGACAGCACUGCCCAGGAGAGCUGGAGCGGUGACUACAGAGCAGUGGAGCUGAUGGGGGACACGAAAAUGGCCUGCAGUGAUUGGUCCAAGUCCCUUGGCACUGGGAAGAGCUGCCCUCAGGAUCCAGACUUCAGUGCCAGUGCAGCUAAGUGGGGCCAGGGCUGUGGCAGCAUGGAGGAGCUUGGCUCUGGACAAGCCAACUGGGGCAGUGGCCUUGGCACGGGGCAUGUCCAGCAGCUGGAUAAGGAGCCACGCUCCGGGCAGCCUGCCUGGGCAGGCAGGUACAGCAGCGGGGACAUGGAGAUGAAGGACAGGGAGCUCACCCCAGACUGGGCCAGCAAAUACAGUAGCCAGGAUGCUGGGAGCAAGGAGGAGAAUUUAACGCUGGGCUGGGCUGGCAGAUCCAGCACUGGGGAUGCUGGAAGCCCAGAUAAGGAGCUCAACCCCAGCCGGCCAGCCUGGGACAGGAGGUAUAACCCCAGGGACAUGGAAAGCCAGGACCAGGAGUUCAGUCCCAGCCGACCAGCCUGGACUGGUGAAAUCAGGGACGUGGAAAGCCAAGACAGGGAGUUCAGCCCCAGAAGACCAACCUGGACUGGUGAAUACAGGGAAAUUGAAAGCCAGGACCAGAAGUUCAGCCAUAGCAGGCAGGCCUGGAAUGACAGAUCCAGCACCAAGGACAUGGAGAGCCAGGACCAGGAGUUCAGCCCCAGCAGACCAGCCUGGGAUGACAGAUCCAGCACCAGGGACACAGAAAGACAGGACCAAGAAUUCAGCCCCAGCAGGCCAGCCUGGGAUGACAGAUCUAGGACCAGGGACACAGAAAGACAGGACCAAGAAUUCAGCCCCAGCAGGCCAGCCUGGGAUGACAGAUCUAGGACCAGGGGCACAGAAAGACAGGACCAAGAAUUCAGCCCCAGCAGGCCAGCCUGGGAUGACAGAUCCAGCACCGUGGACACAGAAAGACAAGACCAGGAAUUCAGCCCUAGUAGGCCAGCUUGGGAUGACAGAUCCAGCACCAGGGACACAGAAAGACAGGAUCAGGAAUUCAGCCCCAGCAGGCCAGCCUGGGAUGACAGAUCUAGGACCAGGGACAUGGAAAGACAGGACUGGGAAUUCAGCCCCAGCAGGCCAGCCUGGGAUGACAGAUUUAGGACCAGGGAUACAGAGAGUCAGGACCAGGAGUUCAGCCCCAGCAGGCCAGCCUGGGAUGACAGAUCCAGCACCGUGGACAUGGAGAGUCAGGACCAGGAGUUUAGCCCCAGCAGGCCAGCCUGGGAUGACACAUCCAGCACCAGGGACACAGAGAGCCAGGUUAGGGAAUUCAGCCCCAGUAGGCUGACUGAAGCCAGUGAAUGCAGCACCAGGGACCUGAAGACCCAGGAUGAGUUCAGUGGCAGCGGAGCAGCCUGGGGUGAGAGAUCCAGCACCAUGGACUUGGAGACCCAGGACCAUGAAUCCACAUCCAGCAGAGCAACUAUGGAUGGCAGCACCGAGGACAUGGAGACCCAGCAUGGGGAGUUGUUUAGCCCCAGUGGAGGUGUCUGGGGUGACCAAUCCAGCACCAGGGUUGUGGGGGCUCAGGACAGAGAGUUGAGCCCCAGUGGAGCAGCCCGGGAUGGGCAGCACAGUUCUGUGGCCUGCAGGGAGGAAGAGCAGGAGCUGAUCCCAGCCCGGCUGAGCUGGCCUGGUGAGGGCAGCAUCGGGCAGACCGGGCUGGUUGGGGUUGGUGAGGAGGACAUGCCCAGCUCCCACCGCCCUGAUCUCCCGGCACAGGAGCCCAGCUGGGGCAGUGCCCAACAGCAGGAGCGUGACAGCUCUGGCAGCAGGGACUGGGCUGAGGAGCUUGGAGCAGCUGAAUGCCAGAACCAGUUUGGUGUCAUUGGGACAGAGCGGGUGGCAGACCCCUGCAGUGCUGGAGCCUCAGAUGGCUCCAUGUCCAGGGCCCUGCCACAGCCCCAGGCAGGCUUGUACAGGGAUCUCUCCCUGGACAUGGGCAGUACCCGCUGGAGCCAGGAGCUGGACAGCUGGAGUGUGGAGCCACAGGAUGCUGACACCAGGCGCCAGGAGUGGGCGAGUGCCUUCAGUGCCCGCUGUGCCGCCCGCAGCCGGGAGCUUGGUGCGGGGGAGCAGAGCCUGGGAGGGGCCAUCAGCGCAGAGCACGGCAGGUUGGCCCCCAGCCCUUCAAUGGGUGACAUCCCAGCGGAUCCCCCAGCUGUGCAGUCCCCCCGGAGCAAGUCACCCAGCCCCUCCGAGGAGGAGAGGGAUCCCUCUGAGCCACCUGCUGCCCCACAGAGCCCCAGGGCUCAUCCUCCGCUGCCAGAGGCUGCCAGUGGGAUCCCAGCAGACACAGGAAGUGAGGAACAGCCCUUGGACCACCCAGAUGGGGAGACCUCCUUGAGCUGGGGGGAGGAGCAGCGCUCUCUGGCUGCCCCCCAGCCUGAGGGCUCCAUGGAGCAGGGGCAGGAAUUUCCUCUUCUGGAGGACACAGAACUCCUGGACAGCAGCGUGUUGCGCUGCAAGGCCAGCCUGGGCCGCAAGCGCCAGCACCGGGCACCGUCCCUGCGCCCCAACACCGCUGAGGGGGAGAGCUGGAUCUUCCGGGACUCCACAGAGCCCCAGCCAGCCCCGGCAGUGUCCUCUGAUGAGGAGGUAGCGGAGGAGCCCCGGAGCCGGCGGAUGCGCGGCUCACCCUCAGGCAGGGGGGUCAAGGUGCCGCUGUUUCCUGGCCUCAGUGCCUCUGCCAUCAAGGCCAAGCUGAGGGGUCGCAACCGCUCAGCCGAGGAGGGGACAUCAUCAGGGGACAGCAAGGGGACCCCUCCUAAAGAUCCCCAUGUGCAGCGCUCCAAGUCCUGCAAGAUCCCUGGUGUCGGUGGAAAACCCCCAACCCUGCCCCCCAAGCCAGAGAAAUCAUCAGGAUCUGAGGCCUCUCCCCCCCACUGGCUGCAGGCGCUGAAGCUAAAAAGGAAGAAGCCUUGAGCAGGCCCCCCGCCAGCCCCAGGGGCUCCCUGCUGGUGACACUGCCCAGCUGCGCUACACCAUGGUGAACAAGCUGCGCACUUAUUCAGGCGCCCAGGUGAGGGGACGUGGGGCACGGGGGGUCCCAGGAUGCCAGCACUGCUGAGAGGUGCCCAUGGGCACAGGUGAGUGCCUGGUGCCAGCCCGUGCCCGUCCCACAGAGCUACUGCAAGGACACGUACAAGGGCCAGCUGGCUUCGGUGCACAGCAAAGCCCGCAACCAGGAGCUGCAGAAACUGGCAAAAACCUACAACAUCUUAAUCUCGCCCUGGAUUGGAGCUGUCACCAGCCGCAGAGUGAGGGGACACCAGGGACAAAGGGCUGCUGGGUGCUGGCAAGAUCAGCUGGGGGUUGCUUUAGGGGGUGCGGGGCUGGGUCUGGGGUGCUGGGGCUGGUGGCUGGGUUUUGAGGCAUAAGGGGUUGGGUAUGGUUUGCUGGGGCUGGUUUUUGAGGUCAAGGGGCUGGGUGGGGAUGGUGGGGCCUGUCACUGAGAUAUUGGCACAGCAGAAUGGGAAGUGGGAGUCCUACUGGGAGGAUUCCAGCCCCUGGAACUACGCGAACUGGGCGCCCACCCAGCCCUUGCACAUCUUCACCACCUGC